AAGGCAACUGUUUCAGCGGAUCGGAUUCGUCAAUUAAAUCCUCGUGUCGUGGUGAUAGCUGAUAAUAGCGACAUACGUACAAAACCUGAUGAUUUCUUCAAAGUCUUUGAUUUAGUGUGUCUUACAGAUUGUGAUCCUGAUACAAUGAUCCGAAUUAACGAGAUAUGUAGAAAUUUUGAUAAAAAGUUUUAUGCUGCUUGUGCUUAUGGUUUCUAUGGCUAUAUUUUUUGUGAUCUUAAACAGCAUGAAUACAUAGUAGAACGAAAGAUAGCAAUACCGCAUAAAGAUGAGCACGAAAUAACAAAGCUAAAAAAACAUGAUGAAUAUGUGAGCUUUCAGCAUGUUCUAUCCAAAACCGAUUGGACAGAAAUUUCAGAUAGAAAACUAAAAAAGAUUUCACCUUUAUUAUGGGCUAUUCAGAUUUUAUGGAAAUUUCAACAAGAAAUGGGUCGGCUACCUGUAACAAACGAUAACUCGGAUGUCGAGAAAUUGUUAUCCCUGAGAAACUCUUAUCUACAAACUAUUCAAAUUAACAAUCUACUUGUAACUGAUGAAUUACUUAC